CGCUUUCCAUUCUCUCAUAGAUAAACAACCAACCAACGAACCCAAAUAAUUAUUCACAAACUAUAUUCUCAAAAUUUUAACUUUAUUCGACAAUGGGCUACGAAAACGAUAUGUAUCGCGAUGAAGACGGUGAGCCGUUGAUGGAUCCUGACGACGGAUUUCAAUCCGAUCAGGGCGACGAUGAUUUCAGCAAUCAAAAUCAAUAUAAUCAUCAUCUGGUUGAUGAUAAUUUGGAAGAUGAAAUUGAAGAAGAUGAUUGGAAUAAAGAGCCGCCGCCGCCACCGGUGUACAACGAAUCCGAUUCCAAAGCUCGACCUCGAAAACGGCUGAUUAAGAAGAGCACGGCUGUGGAGCCGCCAGUGCCGGAUUUUCCGGUGGAUGAUGAUGUGGCGACCUUUGUUAGAGAUGAUUCCGAUAGUGGUGGUGAAAGGAAGAAGUUUUCGAGUGGCGGCGGAAGUGCGAGUGGGAGCGGUAAGAAGAAGGAGAAGAAAUCGAGUUUUUCUAAGUCUAUGAAUAAAGCAGGAGGGAGAAUUAGUGGUGGUGAGAAGAGUGGGGGGAAGUUUAAGGGUAAUGGGAGGAAAAGGAAGUCCGGUGAUGAUGCAGAAGUUAGGGAGAUGUGGGAUACUGUUGCUGGAGGUGCCGAUUCGGAGGAUGACAAAGAGGGUCCAAGGAUGGCAGAUGAUGAUAACUUCAUUGAUGAUACCGGUGUCGAUCCAGCUGAUCGUUAUGAAAGUGACCAUGGAGGUUAUUCUCCCAGUCGUGCUCCUCAGGCUGAGGAGGGUGAAGAUGAUGAAGUCAACAAUCUUUUCAAGAUGGGUAAGAAGAAGAAGAAGACUGAGAAGAGCGGUGCAGAGAUUGCCUUACUUGUUGAAAAUGUCAUUGCUGAAUUAGAAGUUGCAGCAGAAGAAGAUGCAGAACUAAAUCAAAAUUCAAAACCUGCUAUCACUAAACUUAAAAAGCUGCCUCUUCUAAUUGAAGUACUAUCAAAGAAACAACUUCAGUUAGAGUUCCUGGAUCAUGGAGUUCUAAAUCUUUUAAAGAAGUGGCUUGAACCCCUCCCCGAUGGAAGCUUGCCUAAUAUAAACAUUCGUGCCGCAAUAUUGAAGAUCCUGACUGAGUUCCCAAUUGAUUUAGAUCAAUAUGACAGGAGAGAACAACUGAAAAAAAGUGGACUAGGAAAGGUCAUUAUGUUCUUGUCGAAGUCUGAUGAAGAGACCACAUCCAAUAGAAAGAUUGCUAAAGAAUUGGUUGACAAAUGGAGUCGACCAAUAUUUAAUAAGAGUACCAGAUUUGAGGACAUGCGAAACUAUGAGGAUGAGAGGACCCCCAUCCGUCGGCCAUCAAUGAAAAAGCCGAUGAAUAAGGCUUCAGGAAUGCAGUCUAGAGAUGAUGAUCUUGAUUUGGCUGAAUAUUCUCAGGAGCCAAAGUCUGGAAGUUCAUCUUCUAGGGUACUUACAUCAAGGCCUGAGGCAAUGUCAUUAGAUUUUGUUGUCCGCCCUCAAUCUAAAAUCGACCCAGAUGAAAUCAGAGCCCGAGCUAAACAAGUUGUGCAAGAUCAACGUCGGCUCAAGAUGAACAAGAGGUUGCAACAACUAAAAGCACCUAAGAAGAAGCAGCUUCAAGCCAGUAAGCUUAGUGUGGAAGGUCGGGGUAUGGUCAAGUACUUGUAGACCGUAAUCAACUAGGCACAAUGAUAUUGAGAUUAAUCACCCAGAUAAAUUAUGGGUCAGAACAGCAUUGUUUGUUGGAUGCAAAUUGAGCUUCUCGCGCUUGUGCCAGCGGAUGGUUUGUUGAGAGAUUGAAUGCGAACAGUGUGCAACAAGAGAACACUUCACAUCUGUACUGCUAACUUGAUUUAUACCAUCAGUUAAAGUCUUCUUUUUUAAUACGACUUAAAAAUAUCACUUUUUUCUGGUGGAAGUCAGCCGGAAUCACAUGUAUGAUAUGAUAAAAUCCUUCCUUGUGCUACAUUGUUCUUAAUUAUGUUCUAAUUAUGUUUUCAA